GUUUUUCUUAGUCGGAUCUUAACAUGUCAGGGAACCCUCGGUAAGCACGCGUGGCUCCAACCGAACAUGACGAGCAAUGCUACUUACUGAUCAAAGCAUGUCUUCUGGCUUUUAUGAGGAGGGAUUCAAGAUAGCUUAACAUGGCAGAUGGGCCACUCUCAACCCUUUUUUUUAACCUCUCUGCCUAGCCGUUGGACAUUCUGACUCUCUGUUGUGAUCUCAAUACAUAUUCUCCAUCUUAUAUCGGCUCUCGGAAAUAUCAUACACCUACGCCGAAACCCUGACUGACUGACAGACUGUCGAUCAAGCUUGAAGAGUGUCAUCACGUGACCAUAGACACCAACCAUGUCGACCCAUUUAAAGACUGCCAUUGUAACUGGUGGCUGCUCUGGCAUCGGCCUUGGUCUUGUCAAGCACCUUCUUGCCAAACCCAAUUGGAAGGUCGUCAUCGCCGACAUCAGACCCGAAGGAUAUCAUGCCAUUUCCUCACAGCUUGACACACAACGCCACAUAUUCGUCGAGACCGAUGUAACAUCAUGGGACCAACAAGCUGCUCUAUUCAAAAAGGCCUACGCGUGGUCCGGGAAUAACCAGAUCGACUUCGUCGCCGCAAAUGCAGGGACUUCAGAACGCGACCACAUCACCGCAGGCCCAUGGGAUUUGGAUGGCGAACCCCCAAAACCAGAUCUAUCCUCAGCCGAAGUGAAUUUGACGGGCGUCUUCUACGGCGUACGACUCUUUGUUUACUACGCACGCAAGACCAAUCGUGACCUCAAAGCCAGUUCAGGAACCGACACUCCACAUGCGACAUUCAACCCUAAAUUGGUUAUUACAUCUUCCUGCGCUGGUCUGUACCCAUUUCCCUUGGCUCCAUUGUACAAUGCAACCAAGCAUGGAGUUCUGGCAUUGACGCGGGCGGUCAGCCCGCUGCUGGCCACCGACAAUAUUGCCGUCAACUGCAUUUGUCCAGCAUAUGUUGACACGGCCAUGACACCUUCUGGAGUCACGGCCCUCUGGCCACCGGAAUAUAUCACUCCAAUUUCGACAAUGUUGCGUGCGUAUGACGAGUUGACGGACGAAAGGGGCCGUGUCGAUAAAUCCGAUGGCAAGAGCGAUGGCGAGGACGGUGUCGUCAAAGCUGGACAGAGUGUCGAGUGUGUGGUCGAUAGGCUCUUCUAUAGAAAACCCGUCGACUAUGCCGAUGAGAGCCAGAAGUUUCUGAUUGAAGAAACCUUCAAACCAGACGGUGUCUGGAUCCGGGGAAUGACACAGGACAUGGCUAAGGCGAAUGGAUCGAAGUAGAUGAUAAGGCAGUACCCUAGACGAGCAAGAGAUAUUGCUAGUCCGGCCAGUCAAACGAUUGAAGCUUAGGCCCAUAGCGUGUCGUUAAUUCGAAAGACCUUAUCAGCCCGUAAAUGAAGC